AUGAUUGAGGUUGUGUGUAACGACCAGCUGGGCAAAAAGGUCCGUGUGAAAUGCAACACGGAUGACACUAUAGGAGACCUGAAGAAACUGACUGCGGCUCAGACAGGCACCUGCUGGAACAAGAUUGUCCUUAAGAAAUGGUACACAAUCUUCAAGGACCAUGUUUCCCUGGGUGACUAUGAGAUCCAUGAUAGAAUGAACCUGGAGCUUUAUUAUCAGUAGGGGCAGCAGGCCUGCCGACUCUGCAACCCACCCCCAUUUUUUAAAGUCUCACUAAUAAAAAUAACUUAGAUGCUAAAAAAAAAAAAAA